AACGCGCAAUAGCAUACAAACGUUCAUCCAUCCUGCAGUUCAUGCGUAACCUCGUUGUAUAAUAUCUUUAAAAAUAUAUACAACCGUAUAUUACAAACUUUCGUGAGACGAAUUAAAUAACCUUAAAUUAUAAAUAAAUUAUAUAUAUAUAUAUUAUUUUCAACAGACAAUUAAAAGGUCUAAUAAACAAAAUAUUUCAAAUCAUGAGUGUCGUAAAGCAAAAUUUUCAUCUAGACUGCGAAAAUGGAAUAAAUAAACAAAUCAACAUGGAAUUGAAUGCAAGUUACGUCUAUUUGUCUAUGGCUUACUACUUCGAUAGAAGCAACGUUGCUUUGCCAGGGCUACACAAAUACUUCAAAAAAGCAUCUGACGAGGAACGUGAACAUGCCAUGAAAUUUAUGACGUAUCAAAAUAAAAGGGGUGGCGAUAUAAUAUUAACGAACAUCGACGCACCGCAAGCAAACGAUUGGUUAUCUGCAAAAAAUGCCAUGACCGAAGCUUUAAAUUUGGAAAAAAGAGUAAACGAGAGUUUAUUGGAAUUACACGCCAUUGCUUCAAAACACUCUGAUGCCAAUUUUAUGGACUUUUUGGAGACAGAAUUUCUUCAAGAACAAGUGGAUUCCAUCAAGAAGAUCGCCGAUUAUGUUACUAAUCUCGAAAUGGUUGGAGAAGGUCUUGGAGUAUACGUGUUCGACAAAGAAAUGAUAGAGUGAAACGACAGCGUAUAUUUUUUUCUACGAGUUAUCUUAUUAGAUCAUAUUAUAAAUAAAUUAAAUCAAACUUUCGGUUCAUCUAGUAUAUAUAUAUUUAUAUGUAUGUAUGUAUAAAUGCAUAUGUCAUUGCUAUCUGCGAUUUUGCGACGUACAACAAAACAAUGCUAAUCUAUAUGGCUUUCCCUUUCAUUCUCGAUCGAAACCAUAAUCGUUUAAAAUGAAAUUUAUAAUAGUAUGUAAUAGAAAUAAAAAUAUUAAAAAGUACUAAUGUAAGGAAACAGAUGUUACAAAGUUAAUUUGACACAAAUGUCGAGGAUUAAAUUUAUUUAAAAAACAAAUAUGUUGGCAAUGUUGCGAAGACGCGACUGUCUACGUAAACUUCAAAUUAAAAUAUGUCUAAUUAAAGAUAACCAAUUAUUUCGAAAGUAA